AUGUCUCUUUCUUCAUCCACCACUUGCACUUCCCUCCUCCAAGAACUACAGAUCAUAUGGGAUGAGAUUGGCGAAGGCUACAGCGAGAGAGACAAGAUGCUGCUUGAACUCGAGCAAGAGUGUCUCGACAUAUACAACAAGAAAGUUGACAAGACUCGCAAUCACAGAGCUGAGCUGCAACGAUCGUUAGCUCAGUCCGAAGCUGAGAUCGCCACCCUCGUGUCUGCGCUUGGUGAACAAGUGUCCUUCUCGAAGAAAGAAGGCUCUUUGAAGGAGCAGAUCUCUUCUGUGAAGCCUGUGUUGGAAGAACUGAUGGUGAAGAAGGAUAUGAGAUGGAAGGAAGUGUCUGAGAUAGUGACGCAAAUAGCUGAGAUCUCUUCUAACAUUGCGGGGAAUGAUUCUCCUGUUAGCUCUGGUUUUGAAGUUGAUGGAAGUGACUUGACGAAGAGGAAGUUGGAUGAGCUUAGAGCUCAUCUCCAGGAUCUUCGCAGUGAAAAGGCUGUUCGGUUGCAGAAAGUGAACUCUUAUAUAAGUGCUGUCCAUGAGUUGUCAGAGAUUCUUUCGUUUGAUUUCUCCAAGGCGUUGAGUAAUGUUCAUAAAAGCCUUACCGGGGCUUCGAAAAGCAUUAGUAAUGAUACGCUUGCUAGAUUGACAGAGCUUGUAGAGUCUCUGAGGAAGGAGAGACGUCAGAGGCUGCUUAAGCUACAAGGUUUGGGAAGAAACAUGCAAGAGCUCUGGAGCCUGAUGGAAACACCUACGGAUGAGAGGAGAAGAUUUGACAAUUUGAGUAUCUUGCUUUCUGUUCAAGCUGAUGAUGCCUUGGGAAAAGGAUGCCUCGGUCUAGACAUUGUCCGAGAGGCUGAAGAUGAAGUGAACAGACUGAAUGCCCUGAAGUCCAGUAAGAUGAAGGAGUUGGUUCUGAAGAGGCAUUGUGAACUAGAAGAAAUCUGCAGAGAGGUUCAUAUGGAUUUCAAUAGCGAUGCUGGAAGACAGAGUCUUAUAGACGUCAUUGACUCUGGUGAUGCUGAUCUGUCGGGUAUUCUGGAAAGCCUAGAUGAGCAGAUCGAGAAGGCAAAAGAGGAAGCUUUAAGCAGGAAGGAAAUUUUAGACAAAGUUGAAAAGUUGAAGCACGCAAAGGAAGAAGAAAAAUGGCUUGAUGAUUAUGAAAAGGAUGAGAAUCGCUUUAGUGCUGUAAGAGGAGCGCACAAAAAUUUAAAACGAGCCGAGAAAGCUAGGAGCCUUAUCAGCAAAAUUCCUGCAAUGAUCGAUGGUCUGACGACCAAAGUGAAGGCAUGGGAGAAAGAAAGAGGAGUCCCCUUCCUAUGUGAUAAGCACCCGUUGUUACAAACACUGGAAGAAGAAAUUGUUUUGCGUGCUCAAAGAGAGGAGGAAAAGCGUCAGUUCCGAGAGCAGAAAAGACUACAAGGUCAGCUUGCUACAGAGAAAGAAGCAAAGUAUGGUUCAAAAUCUGCAAAGAAGAAGCCAUUGGGACAGAGUCUUCUUAACACAGACAAUGUGACAAAAACACCACUUGGUCGUAGGGUUGGGACUACACCUGGCCGUUCUGGUGUCAAAGAUUAUAGAGAAAGCGGCAGAGGCAAUGCCACCGCGAUACCGCUGAACUAUGUCGCUCUUCAGAAAGAAGAUUGAUUGAUAGAUACUAGAAAGGGGGUUAGGAUUUUACAUAAAGCUACAUUACAUGUUGAUGAGCUGAUAGACUUCUUAUGUGAUUCUUUUUGGUUUCUUGUUCCUUUUGCUAAUGAUGUUUUCAGAUUUUAGUUGGUAUGAAUAUGAAGUGUCACAUUUUUACUCAUAAGCAGUUGAUAUCCAAGCCAAAGUUUAAAA